AUGGAACGGCUUCUUAUUCUACGCUCCGUUACCCAUCACCACUAUCGUCGUGAUAGUGAAUAUUUGUCGGCACUCACUCCUUCUGGGCACGUGGAUUAUGACCAUGAAAAUCUCAUCCUCCCCUUCUCCUGCUUAUCUCCCGUAACGGGUAUCAGCGCCGGCGGAUUAGUAUACUUAUUCGAUAUCCACGAGGGCAAGAGCGUGAUCUGCAAUCCAACGACCAAAACUCUGAAAUUUCUCCAUCGGCGGGAGCUGCCAUCUCCCCCAGCCAUGAUUUCUUGCUUUAGUAGCGCCUUCGCUUACCACGAUGCAUCCGAUGACUACAAAGUUGUAAGAUUUUUCUCGUAUUAUGAACCUGAGGUGCCACGUCCCGACUUUCAUAAAGCUGAGUUGUUUUCACUGAAAGGAGAUUUCUGGAAGGAGCUUCAGCCCCCUCUUAUGAAUGGUGAGAUGCUUCGAGCAAGUUCCUGUGGCGUCUAUGUUAAUGGGGUUUGCUAUUGGUCGACUAAAGAUGGGCUUUACGUUCUGUCGUUUGAUUUAAGCAGUGAACGUUUCUCCCCCUUUGAUUUACCACAAUUGGGGAAAAAGGACAUGCGUUAUAAUCUUUUGAAUGUUGGUGGCAAAUUGGGCGUUUCCAUCCAGAAACUAUCCUUUAAGUUUGGGAUUGUUACUACUCUUCCUAUUUUUAUGUGGAGUGAGAGGAUGUGGAUUCCUUUGUUUAGUGUUGUUAAUGUUUGUGAUGUUGAGAGGCCGCUGUUGAUUAGUGGGAAUAGAUUUUUAUUUCUUUCCAAGAGAAUUCCGCGAUAUCAAACUCAGCUGGUAGUUUAUGAUCUGGAAACAAAAGAGUCGAAGGAACUGGAGAUAUAUGAUUUCCUAAAGGAGAUGAAGAUAUUUAGUUAUGUUGAGAGCCAAGUUCCACUAAAACAUUCAAUACCAAUGAAUGUGUAUUGCAGAUCCUACGAGUUUGAGCAGUUUGAGGAGAAGAAGAGGAAGAGAGAGAAGUGGGAGGUGUGGAUAUCAGAAAAGUUUCGGGAGAGGAAGAGAGAGGAGUGGGAGAAAUGGAGGAAGGAGAGAAACAUGAGGAUGUAUAUAAUUAUGAAGAGUAAUCACCCAUUUUGGAUGAUGAUGUUCAGGCGGAAUAUGAGGUUGAGGCGCUAUCUCGACUGA